ACACUGUACAUACAUACACACGUUCAUCUGACUGUGUGAUUAAUUUAUGGUGAUUCCAUAACACAAUAGCAACAAAAUAAAAUAACAAAAUAACAAAGGCAGGCAAGCAAUCGACAUCGAACGGUCAGUUAAUCUGGAAAUUUAGUUGCUGCCUGCUGUCUUGUAUACUUCGGUAGUUUCGUUUGAGUCUGAGAACUGAGCGGAUUUGGUGUUGUACACCGGACAGUAUAUAAAUUUUACAAUUCAACUUGGCCUUACAUUCUACCUUUAAAAGCGAUCGCAUGCGGUAUUUCUUAAUCUCCAUCUGUAAAAGUGCCUGUGAUAUUAAAUAACUAAAAGCACUGAUUAAAGAGCAAAACCGUGUUAUCAAAUUGAAAUCAAUAAACUUAAAGAAAGAUAAAACUCUUAAUUAAAUUAAAAUCAUAAGAAAACCAAAAAAUAACCAAAUGAUAAAUUAUUAAAGCUAACUGUAAAAAGGAAAGUAGAAAGUGAUCAAAUAUAAAAAACAAAAUCGCCUGUGAAUAACAAAAAGUGCAUUAAGCAGAUUUUAAUUGACAAAGGGAAUAAUUAUCUGUGUAAUUUACCAGUGCAAAGCUUUUAAGACAAUUUACUACAGUUUUCGAUUCGACUGUAGAAGCUUUUAUCGUACUGAGAACGAAAUAACACCAAAACAUAGAUAAAUACUCAUUAAAAUGAAUUGCUCAGCGAUCAGUGUUGCUCGCACAGCAACAAAUGGUGUAUCAUUUAACGGUGCUUUCCACACGGCACCAGUGACCACUUUAACCUCAGCAUCAAAAGGUGUUGGUGGUGUUGGCACUAAUAAUUUAAUUUUAUCGUGUAAUAACACUAGUAACAAAACGAUAAAUAUGACCGGUAAUCAAUUGAACCAAGCCACGUCAAGAACGUCAACCACAAAAGCAACACCCACAGCAGAAACAGUGACGGUGCCAGUGCUAGUGCCAGUGCCAGUUAAUCAGUAUUUACCAAAGCAACCAGAAUUGGCUGCGAAAAUAAUACAACAAUCCAAUAUAGUUUGCUUCGAUGUGGACUCUACAGUCAUAACGGAAGAGGGCAUUGAUGAAUUAGCUGAUUUUUGUGGCAAAGGUGCUGAAGUCGCACGUGUCACGAAGGAAGCCAUGGGCGGUGCAAUGACCUUUCAAGAUGCUCUCAUGAUAAGAUUAAAUAUUAUACGUCCGACGCAAAAACAAAUCAGUGAUUUUAUUAAAAUCCGUCCAAGCAUACUGACACGCAACGUUAAACGUUUCAUCGAACAACUGAAAGCGGACGGAAAACAAGUUUAUUUAAUAUCGGGCGGUUUUGACUGUUUAAUUGAGCCCGUUGCACGUGAGUUGGAUAUACCGAUAACAAAUUUAUUUGCCAACAAAUUAAUGUUUUAUCAUAACGGAGACUAUGCCAGCUUUGACACAACGCAGCCAACAUCCAAAUCUGGUGGGAAGGCCGAGGCCAUAUCAUUAAUCAAAAAACAAAACCCAGAUGCUUUGAUAACAAUGAUUGGUGACGGUGCAACUGAUUUAGAAGCAGUACCACCUGCAAACUAUUUCAUUGGAUUUGGAGGAAAUGUUGUACGGGCUGAGGUAUACAAGCGGGCGGAAUAUUACAUAACCAAUUUUGAGCAAAUAACGUCAAAUUCAUAAAAAUAAUAACUUUUUUAAUUUACAUAUAUUUAAUUAAGUUAUCAUAAGGAAUAAGUGCUUAUUCAUCACAGAUAUAAUAUAUUAAUAAUAUUGAUAAAAAUAAUUUAGUACGAAUUAAAUUUCAAAAAAUAUUUUUUUGUUGUUAAAAAAGAAACACAAUAUUGAAAUCAUUUUAGCAAAAAUAAAUUAACAAAAAUAAGCGAAAUGCAGUAUCAGAGAUAUAGAUAGAAAUCCAUAUCUUUGGUAGUAUGUUAAAGUAUUUCUCGUAUAUAUAUUAUACCAUAUAAAUAUGUAAAUCAAAAUCAUUAUCAAUAUUAUAUGAAGGAAAAGUAAAUACUGAAUAAAAUAAGACAUUAGAAUGAAUUAAAAAAAAA